ACGAUCCGACCGCGGGUCAUGCGACCCCUGCCGCUCCUUGUGCUUGUAGCGGCAUGGGCGAAGCAUGCAGCUUCGUCCGCUCUAGAAUUCCUGCCGGUUGACCCAUACUUGGCAUGCACGGAAGAUACCGCGAAGUCCCUGUCAAACAUCCAACUGGCGCCCACCGUGGCCGCAACGACUCCCAUCUACGUUAUGAUCACAGCCCAGCACGGCUCGUUUCGCGUUGGAUCGCUGGACGGCCCAUGGAAUCGAUCGCGACUUCUGUGCGACUUGAACACAGCUCCAGUCCCUGCCGCUACAGCAUCGCUCACGGCACCGCCUCAUGUUCACUUGCUUUUGUUCGAAGCCGCGCUCUCGACGGCCAACGACAUAUUUCGUAGCAUGGAGUACCUGCCUGAUGCCAACUACAACUUUGACUGGGCGGCAGGAGCCACAUUGCCAUGGCCAUUAUGCCUUCAUCCCCAGCAGUCCCUCGAGAGCAUCCGCGUCUCUGCCAUCGAGUCCGCGCUGUUGUCUUCGUUGCCUCUUCCAUCGUGCAGCUCGAUCCAGAACAACAGGACACCACCAUGGGACAUCGGCGCUGCCACGUUGGACUGGCCCGUCUCCGUCGCCGCUGUCAACGACCCGCCAACCUUGAAUGGCGUGCCGACUUCCUUGACUCUCACCUACACUAGCGAUUCCAUGUCAUGCGCGCGCUUUCCACCCGACAUUGUCGUUGCCGACAUCGACGUCGAUGAGGUGCCUGGCGGUGGCCAGCUUUCCAUUGUUCUGGACAUCACGUCACUCGACGCAGCCGCGUCGAGCAGUGUGCAGAUGGCUAUCGAUCGCACAUUUGCCGUGGGGAAACUCGUCGCCGUCGUCGACGCGGCGACUCGUAGCGGCACUUGCAGAACCAACGCGACGCACGUCGAGUCGGCCUCCGUCCAACUCCGAGGCAGCAUCUCAGCACUAAACGACUUCCUACCCCAUGUACUGGUGUGUGGAUCGGCCAAUGCAACUCUGCACAUGACAGUAUCGGACAGCGGAGGGUGUGGCCAGCCUGGUCCUGCUACAGUUGCCGCAUCAUUCGCUGUGGUCGCUUCGCCACCGCCGGUGCAAUCGACCGCUGCCAACCAUGUCUUCGACACUCCGUUGGCGCCGCUAAUCGUCCCGGACGCGACGUUAGCCACGCCAUUCAUGCCGCGGUGGCUAUCGUCGACGCCAUUUACGAUUCAGACGACUCGAGCGGGAUCCGUGGGGUUUUCCGUGCCACGACAAACGGAUGCGUUGGCCGUGGAGACCCUAGCGUUUGAGCAAACUCUGACCAUCGCUCGAACUCCGUCGCGACGCCACGUCGUACAAGUCGGUGUGCCAUUCGCCAAAGAAGUGCAGCACAUUGCUAUCGUGGCGACUGCACCCACCGCUGUGGAUGAAGCUGUUGUCGAGUUGGUGUUUGCGGCGCUUGGCAUGACCUCCACCGCGAUCGUCGACUUGAAGCACGACGUCGAUCCGGGCGACCUUGCCAGGGCACUUACCGACUCGUGGACCAACGCCGGUCGCGUCCACGUGUCCAAGCUUCUUCCGACGGAUUCGCUCGGCAGCGUGACGUGGUCCAUCACGUUUGAUACACUGGCUGGGUCGACGCUUCCGCUGGUGCAAGCCGCCGCCGUCCACAUGUCCCCCGGCGCCACUGUCGCCGUGACCAGCCGCACCAAGGGGUCGCAAGAACCGCCCACGACGCUCGUCGACCUCGCCGGCGUCGCGGACGGGUCCUACGUGCUUGAUAUCCAAGUGGAUGGCGAUUGCAAUAGCGUCGGCAACCCACGUCGGGACGUGUUCUCGACGUCACAACUGUUUCUGCACUCGACGCGUGCACAAAUCCAGGCAGCGGUGCAGCUGCACCCUGACGUCGACGUUGUCGUUGUGUCUGUUGUCAGCGCCACAUCGUACGAGCUGUCGUUUGUGACCAAUGUGUACUCGGCCAAGGCGUGUGGCGUGGUUGUUGCGCCGCGGUACUUUCAAGGGGCUGGUCGGCAAGCGUGCUGGGACUGCGUGCCAGGCAUCACGUCCGCUGGCGUCACCACGACCCACAUGGGCAGCCAGAGUGUCCACCCGACCGACGCGUGGCGCUUUGUCCGUGAGGUGUCGAGCGGCACGUUUCGGGCCACCGCGUGGCUCCCUAUCGUUUCGAAUCCCGAGACGGUCGAAUCCGCGUUGGCGGCGGUCGUGUCCGACGUGGACGCUGGUUUAACGCCGCGGCAGGACGUCCACGUCACGACGGUCGACUGCGCGGAACCGACCAUGGCCUGCACGUGGCUGGUCGACUACACGGGCACGGUGAUGACGGCCGAAGUGUCGGCCGACGCAACGUUGAAAGGCGUUGCGAUUCUUCAAGACGACAUCGUACAAGCGUCCCCCGUGCCAUGGACCACAGCGUCCACGAUUAUCCUCGGCGACGACAUUUCGACCUCGGCCGCCGCGAUGGUGUCGUCGGACCAUGCAUUGACAACGCUUUUGUCGGCGUGGUGCCAAUGCGACACCGUCACGGCCACGACGACGGCUGCACGGGCCGACGAGCACGCGUGGGUCGUUCGAACUGCCGCACGGCAGCAAUUGACGGUCACGAGCGUCUCCAACACCAUACGAGCCGCCGUGACGCCGGUGGCGUCCGUGUUUGAGCCCGCGCCAGUCCACCACGUGGCGCUGCUCGUGGACCCGACUCCGUUCGAGUCGCCCAGCGUCCUGCCGCAUGCUACCAUUGUGUGCAAUGCCGUGGGAGGUACGUUCUCGUUGGCAUGCCAGGCGGACGAAACCCCGCCGCUGGCGUUUGACACGUCGAUGGCUGAGCUUCGCGAUGUCCUGGGCGCGUCGCUGUCCGCCACGAUGUCGACGACGUACGUGGCGGUCUCGUCUGGCGAUCCGGCCGCGCCAGUGUGUUCCGACCCGCCCCACCCCGUCACGAUUUGGUUUGGCGUGCCGGGGGUGCAAGAGUGGACUGUCGAGUCGCCAGUGCAGCCCGCGAUCCACGCGCUAACGUGGACAUCUGCCGCGUCCACGAUAACGGUGGGCGUGCGAUUUGCGUUUCACGGGUAUGUGGCGACAACGACGUUGACGUUGGCCGCCGAUCGAUCGGCGGCGACCGCCGCCGCACUGAAGCGACAACUCGAAGCGAUGGCCACUGUCGGCGUGUCCGUGGACGUGGCUGCUCAACCGCGCAGCACGGAUCGCGGUGGCGCGUCGACGCCUUCCAACGAGUACACGUGGUGGAUUACGUUCACGUGCCUGCAUGGCCCGGUCCAGUCUCGACUCGACGUGGUGGACGCCACCACCGUGACGACUCGCGAGAUCCAGCAGAGUACUCGAUGGAACUCGCAAUUGACGCUCACCGUUCGCUACGAUGCCGUCCCGGCCUUUGGGACGUUUCGCAUCCGCGUCGCUGGGCAGUCGGCGGCGGGCACGACGCAGCAAGUGUGGUUUGGCGCGCCCGCAGCGCACGUCCAAGCCGCGCUGGACGAACUCGCGCCCACGAUUGGACUUGUUCGCGUCGAGAGGACUCCAGCAAGUGUGCAGUCGUCGCAGUGGACAGUCGUCUUCCUGACCAACGCCGACCCGGCCUUGCAAGUGACCAUCUUGUGGAACGAUCAUCCGAAUCCGAGUUUGUCGGCAUGUCCGGACUGCAUCGCGCCGACUUCGCCGUACACGGACACGAACGCUCCGCUCGCUUCGGUGACCACAGACUACGUCGCCGACCGGCCAUUCGCGGCGGCAACGAUUCAAGUUGUCGAUACAACACCGCCGUCGGCGCACGUGACCAUACCAGUGACGUCGAGCGCGGCCGCAUUGCAAUCCGUGCUUCGAACGCUGGAACCCACCGUCGUUGUGACGCAGACAGCGGCCACCCCCCAGCGAACGUCCUGGUCGAUCACGUUUCCGUCGUCCAGAGCUGUAUUUCCAUCGUGGUCGGUGGUUGCGGCACCGCAGUCGCGACUCGAGGUGAUCGUUCGAACGGUGCUAGCCCCCGCACGCGGGUACGUCGGCCGUCCGCCCCGCCUGACCAUCCAGCCAGCUCUCCUUCGGUUUCCCACGACGUCGGACAUGGUGGCCACCGUGACUGCAUCCGCGUCACCGCUCGACGACGCCGUCGCCAGGCACAUUGUUCAAGUGUGCACCAAAGUGAUGAGCAUCGCCACGUACCAGCGCAUGACCAUCGACGUGGCCGACACAGCCCUUCUCCAUGGAUCGUUCAUGCUGACAAACACCGCCACUGGCCGCAGUGUGCUCGUUUCCGCCACGGCGACCUCGGCGCAAGCCGCGCUGGUGGUGGUGGCCGGUUUGCAACUCCACGUGGCCACGCUCGUGAAAUCGACAACGGCGACCCGGGUGCAAUUCGACAUGGUGCUGCAUCCGUCGGCAGGCAACGUCCCAGCUUUGUCUUUAUCGUUCGAGAACGUCCAGGGGUCGGCCAUCACGGGCUCGUCCGUCGUGGUCGUCACUCCUGGCAAUGCAAUCGGUGGCUCGCUCGCGUUGGUGCUGAAUGGCAACCCGCAGCGCCCACUGCCGGUCGACAGUUCGAGCGCCACGCUCGAAGCGGCCCUGUCUCCGAUGGUGGAAUCGGUGGUUGUGCAGCCUUUGGGCGCCAAGACGGCAUGUUGGCGCCUCGAGUUUGCCGCGCCGGUCGACGUGGAUGUCGUCCGGGAGAGUUCUCGAGCGGUUGCCGGGUUGACAGGCAUCGGGGCCGACGUCGCGAUCCAAGUCGUGCAAGCCAUGCCAGCCUUUCGACUUCGACAAGUGUCCGACCGGAACGCGCCGUCGGGAGGUGCCGUGACGCCGCCGCUAUCGUUUGUCGGCACGACAGCCACCCGCCUCGAACGUGUGCUGCAGGCCACGUUUGCCACGUUUGCCAACGUCGUCGUGGGGACGCAUGCGUCGACCACGUCUCGGACGACAGGAUGGUACCUCAGUAACGUCACGGCAUUGCACUUGCUUCAAGUGGUUUGGGACGCCGACGCUAGUCCGUGGAUGUCGAUUGUUCAGUUUUACACGGGAAAUGUUUCGGUCACAACGUCGUCGAUGGCUCUGCCGUCGAUGCACUACCAGCCCAUCGCCUUGUCCGACCGAUUCCAAGUCGAUUCGUUCGUCGUGCAGCCCCUUGGCGGUGGUCAGCGACGCGUGCAGGAGAUUUUUGUGUCCGCCGCGACCGCUGGCCACGUCGUCCUCCACACAAAGCAUCCCCGGCCACUACAGUCGCCCAAACGUCCGGCGCGAUUGUCGCGCUGGGUGGAGGUGGUUGUCCUCGCCAACGCGACGCUCCACACGACGGCGGCGCGGCUUCCCGUGCCGCCGACGUGGCGUGUGCGCCAAGCGAUGUUGAGCGUCUCCGGCGCGACGAUCAACGGCAAUACGUCCGUGUCCACCGUGUGGACGGAUGUUGGUGUCGGGCACUUGAACCUUGCGUUCGACCGAACGAUGCUGUUUCCCAACGCGAAGGUUGUGUGGCGUCGUGGGCAAGUGGACCAAGUCGCCGUGAAUCGAGUGGCCGGCACGAUGCGAUCGGUGGUGGUGCUGUCGAUUGUCCCGACGGGGGCUGGGCCAGUCACAGGCCACUUCCAGCUCACGCUGCGCCUCAAGGAAGCGUCAUGUACUACGCCGCCCAUGCCGUACCCCGUGACAGGGGCCAGUCUGGACGCGGCAUUUGCCGAAGUGCAAGCUCGCUGUGGCUCCGGGACGGUGCCUCGUGCGCAAAUUGUGACCAUGACGUUUCCCUUUCCUGUCGCGCUCGUGCGGCCGACCGACGGCGACAUGGUCUGGUCCACCCAAAGCAAUCAGCGAACAACCGCUCUACCGAUUCAAGUGUCGGCGGCCGCGUUGCAGUCGGCUCUCCGUCAAGCCACUGGGUCGACUACCCUAGUCGUCACGAAAACGCACGUUGACGCCGUCACGGUGCAGUAUCAAGUCGAGGGCGCCGGUGGUGCGUUUUGGUUUUCGAUGCCUGUGCUCCGAUGGUUGGCGGGACCCGAUACCGUGGUCGCGACCGCCGCGUCGUCGGCAUGGCAAGCGGCAUGGGCUCUCGCCACUGCAUCCGCGUGCACCAGUCAAGCGUGCACGGUGCAAUUUCUUCAGGACGUCCCCGACAGCGUCGCCGUCGCGUCGAACGACCUUGUCGACCACUCCCCAACAGCACUCGGUGGAAACGGCAUCUUCGUGCGCCGCCCAACGAUUGAGCUUGACGCGCCACAGCUGCCUCCGUUUCAACUGUUUGUGAACGAUGCGCUCGUCAGCACGACGGAUGCGCACUGGGACGCAUCCAACUUGGAGCGUCGACUCGCCGGCGUCGUGGACCUGUCGGUUGACACACUCGCGCCGCGUGCAGCGCACUCGACGGCGUGGCAAAUUACGUACACAAGCGCCAGUCGACUGCGCUUUCGUGUUGCACCGAGCAGCCUGUACACACUGGCCAUUCAACCGAUCGAGACGGGCGAGAACAUCGCGAUGGCGGUGCUCAACUUGACCGUGGACGACUUGCCACCGUGGUCGGUGCAGUGGCCGCUUGGGCGAGUUGCACCAAGAUCGGACAAACCCACAGCCGUUCCUGCGCCGUCAGUGGAUGCCGUAUGGCCUCGUUUCAAUUUCGCCGGCGCGCUCCAGAACGGAUCGUUGCUGACCGUGCUUCCAGGGCAGUCGGUUCAAGUGCCGCUACAACUGGUGGACGUUGGCUCUGCCACAACGGCAGCCAGGACGUGGCAGGUCGUGCGAAUGCAGUUGGAGGCUCUUCAUGGAUGGUUAUGGUGGGAUAUCGCCACGCGCAAUCAUGUCCAGUACAUGGUCGGGUCAAAGAACGGCGGGCGUGUCCUGGCGAUCGAGAGCACGUUUGGCAACCUGGCACAAGCGCUCUCGGGUCUGCACUACACGUCUCCGGCGUCCUUCUACGGGAUGGACCUGGUCACGUUUGUGCUGUCUGGUCUCGAUGCCGGCAACGGUCUUGGCUUGACGAUCCAGCUCCACGUGGCGGUGCCACUAACGCUCGUACCACCCACGAUUGUGUCGCUGUCGUCCACGCUGUUGGCUGUCGAAGACACUGCAGUCGUGCUACGAGGGUAUCAAGCCAACUUUUCAUCCACGACGCCAUCCAAUUGCUCGACGGCACUUGUGGUCAAGGUGUCUGCACAAUCAGGGCGCGUGGUCACAGCUCACGCUGUACCUGACGGCGGCUUGCCACUCGAGUUGCACAGCACCGAACCACAGACUCCCGUCUCCAUGACGGAUGCCUGGUACCACCCCAAGGCAAACUUUUCAGGCAUGGACACACUGUCCUUCCACGCCAUCCAAACGGUGGCGUGCCCGGCCAAGAACGUCUCGUCCGAAGCGUUCCUGGACGUGUCGGUGUUCGUCGAGCCCGUGCCGGACCCGCUGGAGUUGAUUUGGCCAGCGGCAGCCACUGUGUUCACCAUCUCAACGUGGUCGAAUGGCUGGCACGUGCUCCCGCCGGUCAAGUUGACCGCGGUGGACGCCGACGUGGCCUGGAUCGCUCCGCCGUUGGCUGUGGAAUUGAGCGCCACAGCACUGGAGGGCUCGGUGUCGUUUUCCAAAGCCAAGCCGACGACGUCGUCGGUGGUGUGUUCGGUCCAGGAUGCGACGACGUAUCUCGGCGGCCUCGUCUAUGCCGUUCCUACGAUUGCUACCACGUCUGGGACCCUGCCAGUCGGCAUGGACCGCAUCAUCGUGUCUGCUCGAAAGUUUGGUUCGAACGAGCCGCCCGUCACCGUGGCGUUGAGCGUGUCGCUGCCGACCGCCCCAGCUCCUGCUUGCGCGGACUUUUCCGAUGUCGAAGUCGACGUCCUAGAAGAUUCGAUCGUGGAGCUGCAUCCGUUUGUCGUGCGACUCUGUCCCAACCACACAGUGGUCGCAGCGGUCAAACAUGGAUGGCUGUCGCUGCGCACCGAUACCCCGUGGGUGAAACAAGUCACGCUUCCUAGCCAACGCACAGAUCUCCAACUGCUGUACCAGCCCGCCGUCGACUUCUUUGGUCAGGACGCAUUGCAAUUGUCCUGUCGACAUGGCCCGGCGGUGGUGUCGGUGUCGACGUUGCCACUGGCCGUGCAUCCAGUGAAUGACCCGCCAGCAUGGAUCGUCGCGGCGGAGCCAGUGCCUGUGGAGAAUGCAACGACUUCAGUGUGCAAUUGGUGGUCGCUGCGUGAUGUGGAUGCGUCCGCCACCACGCUGUACAGAGUUGAGAUUGCUAUCGACGACGCGGUGGGUCGGCUUGUCCUGCCUGCGUUUAUGCCUGGCGUGUUUGUCGAGCUCGACCACGGGACAAAGAUUGUCCUGCAAGGAUCGCUCGGCCAACUCAAUGCGUUGUUUGCGUCUUGUACAGUCAGCCUUGUCGUCGCCAUGCCCACCACCAUAUCCACGAACGGAACGAUUGCCCUGUGCGGGGAAGAAGUCGUGGACGACACCCCCAACCGGCACCAUGACCCGCAAUGCGCGUCGUUGCGCAUCGCGGUCAUGGCAUCCACGGCGCCCAGAUCGACCGGGCUUGUUGAGAAUGUGCCGUCGCUCGAGUACACGUCCGAGUGGGUCGGCGUCGAGGACGUUCCUGGACCCGUCGUGGGGCUGUUCUUCGACGCCAGCGCGGCCACUGCGACGACAUCGAUGCGCUUUGUCGCGACGAAAGGGGUUGUCCUUGUGCAUUCGUUUCAUCCGUGUGUGCAGCAUCUUGGUGCUGGGUGGAUUGCUGGCGACGUGCUGUGCUUGCAAACCGUGUUGGCAUCGACUGACGUGUGGUAUCGCCCGCUUCCAAACGCGAAUGGCCACGACGACAUUGUCAUUACGUACGGUCUGGACCGCGAGAUGCGCAUUCCCGUGUUCAUUGCGCCAGUCGUCGACAUCCCAGUGUGGGAUGGUGGCCCCCAUGUAGGAAUAAUCGCCUGGCAUGUUUCGCACCACGAGAGCUCAGUGUCAUGGACGGCAGGGCAUCGCCGUUCGCUGCAGCUUGGCGACGACGACGCAUUCUUUGCUUUGACCGUGCGGACAGCCUUCGGACGCAUUGGGUUUGCGUUUAUUCCAGGUCUGUCGUACCCACGGAUCGAGCCGCUAGCCCUUGACGUCGUCGGUCGCCGAGCCCAAUUGAACCAACUUGUCGCGUCGCUCGAGUACGUGGCAGUCGCGCGCGGCGUGAACGACACCAUGACAGUGGCACUUGCCAACGCCACGACGUUGGCGAUUCAAGUAGUCGUAGACGCAGCGCCCCUGUCGUUGAUCGCGCACCCACUCGACGACGCGGGGAGCGCCGCCAUCAUGGAGACGGAAUCGAUGGCCCUGUACCGCAUGGUCGAGCUGGUCGCGAAUGGCUCGCCCUUGACUGAACGGCGGAAUGUGACGGUCACGACCCGAUUCGGCCUCUUGUCGUCGUCGGAUUCGGCGGGACAACGUCCGAUGCUCGAAUGGCGCGACGUCCCCGACAAACUGCGUCAACUUGUCGAGAACCUAGUGUACACAGCGACCGCCCGCAGCGGGCAAAGCCACGCGUACGACGACGAAGUGCUGGUGCAGUUGUGGCAUGUAUCGUUGAGCAGCGUGGCAUCUCACGUGCGCAUUCCCAUCCGAGUGACGCCAUUUCGUGUCCCUGUAUCCGUGGCAUGCCCCCUGGAGCCUCAACUUGUACGGGAAAACGCACCGACGUCCAUGGCGACGUGGUUUUCGAUCCCUGGCGGCCCCCGUCCGAACCAAGUCACGCGCGUCCACAUAACCAGCAGCAUGUCCGGCACUCGACUUCAAUUGGCAUUCACGCCUGGCUUGAUCGUGAGCUCGUUGUCGUGGAUGGACGAGGUGUGGUUCCAAGGGCCAGCGUCGGCUGUGUCCGACGCGCUGUCCCGCGGGUUGUCGGUUCACACAAGCCAGAACGACACUGUCGCCGUGGCAGUGACUGCUGGCGACUCGAGCGCAUCGUGUGCGGUGCACGUGGUCGUGCCCGACUCCAACCACCCUCCAACAAUCCACUUUUCAUCGCAGCCGACGUGGCAUGUGUCCGUCGCCGACCCCGACACGACCAAAAGCGGCAUCACCGAGUCCGUCGUCCUCGUUUCCAUCAAGUCCACGACAGCGUCGUUCCAGCUGACGUCGACGUGGCCACCGACGAUUGUGCACAGCGUACCGAGUCCGUUGUCUGCAGGUCCAGACGCGCUGACUGACGUGACGUUUCAAGUCGCUUGGAAAGACUCGAACGCCGUCCUGGCCGGUCUUCGUUGCGUUGCUGGCUACGGAGGACUCGAUUUGUUUGUCGAUGACCUUGGCCACGGCGUGCCGGCGUACGAGGCAAAGAACGUCAGCCAGUAUGUGCCGUGCCAAUUUGUGCGUGUUCCCAGCCAGCUCGUGGUCGUGGACGCGAUCCCGACCAAGUCCAACCACGUGUCGAAUUGGUCGUGCACUGCGAACAGGCCGUGCGCGCUGCCGAGGGUAGCGAUAAAGUCGUCCAGUGCAGCUGAAAUCGAGCACGUGACGACGUCGGGGCUACUGUCCUUUGUCCCUGAAGUCCAAACAAUUCAAACGGAAAUCUCGAAUCCGUGGAACAGGAUUGUCGACAUUGUGCUGGGGGCGCCUCCACUAUCACCUGCCACGCAAAUCACUUUGCAAGUGUCCUGGACACAGCGUCGCGACGAUCAAGUGCCGACGCCGACCUACUCGGCCACUGUCGUUUGUAGCGCUGCGGCAGUCGCGUCGCGGUUCGACGAGGUGACCGGGGCCGGGCCAGGACGUGGCGUGGACGAGUCGAUGCAAGCCAAGCUCGAAAGCGUCUUGCCCAUGCCAGUCCGCGUCUGGAGGGGUCCGUAUGCGACGUGGAAGGUCGAACUCUUGCGAGACAAUCAAGGCGAGGUGCUGUGGGUAGUAGACAUAACGUUCGUCGGCGCCACCAACGGCCUCGUUGCGAGCGUGUUCACCAGUCAGCCGCCCGAAAUCGUGACUGGUUCGUUCUCGUUGGCGUUUGCCGGGGCAUCGACCCCGUUGUUGCCGGCUACGAUAUCGGCACUGGAUAUGCAGGCAGCGUUGGAAUCGCUCCAGACCAUCCAAUUCGUCAGCGUUGUGCGAACAACGACCCCGGAUGCUGCCGGCGGGUACACUUGGACGGUCACGUUCCUUCAGAGCGCCAACGGCGACGAGGGAAGCGAGACAAGUCUGCCGCUGUUGCAAGUGAACGCGACGUUGCUGCAACCGACCCCUGCCGCUCUGGCUGGAGCUGGGGUCGAUCGAACCGUUGGGAACCAAGCGACUGUGAAGAUUCAGCGCGUACAACGCGGGUAUGGACGACCGCCAGCGCUCUACCACCUCAACUUGACAGGCACCCACGUCGACAUGGUGUUUGAUGUGGCACUGGUCGCAACGUCCCCGCUCACGUCCGCAACAUUCACGCUCGUGUGGUGGCAGGGCAAAACCAGCGACUGGAUCCAAUUCAAUGCGGUGGCCAUGGCGUCUCAAGAACGCAUGGAUCGAUCCUUGGGUGGUCGCGAGUCGGAAUCGCUCGAGGCAAAGCUUGCGUCGGUGCUCCCGCCGUCGUCGACGACAUCCAUUACACGGACAGGACCCGAUGCCAACAAUGCGUUCACAUGGCGAGUCACGGUCCGCGGCGCGCCGGCGUCGCUCCCUCUGCCCACCGUUGGCAGCUCGACCUGCGGUACCGUUUGUUCGGUUCAAAUCACGUCGAUUCAACAAGCCAACGCGAUCGGGGGGUCGUUCGUUCUGAAGUUGGGCGCGGACGCGACUGCCCCCGUGGCAGUAUCGUCGCCGUCGUUGGCCGAUCACCUCACCUCCGCGCUGACGGCCCUCCCAGUCUUUGUUCAACUCGAGUUAAAAGUCAUCGUGCGGACAUCGCGUCGGGAUUUGCAAGCGGGGUGUGGCGUUGUCGUCGCGUUCGUCCAGAUCGAUGCGGCAUCCACUCCGCCAUUGACUGUUGACGCGUCGGCGUUGACCGGGAAAGGAGCGACGGCAUCCCUGACCACCGUAGACAACUUUGGCAUGCCGGCCAUGGUGUCGUGGGUAGUGAUCGACGAAGGGCACACUGACCUGGUGCUGCGCCAAAAACACACGGGGCUCAACUUGGUCGUUGAAGGCACGGCGUUUGGCGUGAAUGGCGUGUUGGCAUCGCUGGCCUUUGAGUCGGUGCGAUGGUACGGCGCGGUGGACAUCACGAUUUCUUUGCACGACCACGACGACGCAAGGGGCACGGCGGUGGUGCUCCCGAUGGCAGUGUUCCAGCCGCCAAGUUCUGCCUUGUCGAUCGAGUUGGAUGGAUUCACCAGCGUGAUGGAAGAUGCGUCGAACGUUCGACUUCCGCUGCGACUGAACGCAAGCGACGACUUGGCGCUGUACACCAUGAUAGGCAUCUCGUUGACCGUGUCGCACGGCCGCCUUCACACAACUGCGUACGCAGCAUCGCCGGGCAUCGAGAUGAAUGUAGCAGCAGGCGUUGUGUCCAGUGUCCUCGACCACAUCUACUACACUCCGCCACGCAACUUCCACGGCACGGAGCAGCUCGUGGCGGUCCUCAACAACAAAACGACAAGGGUGUUUCGAUGGCACGUCGUCCCGGUGAACGACGCGCCGAUUGUCCACAUUGACGGGUCCGUCGAAGCGCCGUUUACCAGCGCAUACUUUCCCGUGUUUGAAGUGCAUUCCCCGCAAGACACGGUCGUGCACCUGCCUCGCAUCUCGAUCGAAGACGUCGACGACGGGUCGUCGCUACAACUGGCACCCGCGACGACCAUAACGCUGAUCGUCACGGCCACCGCCGGCAAACUAGCCGUCGCCACGUUGAAUGGCAUGCGCGUCGUCGACGAAUCCGGCACGCGGCUGCACGUCGUAGGCACGGCCCUUCGCUUGAAUGCUGCGUUGAGUGCAGUCACUUGCAUGCCCCCAACACAGUUCACAGGAGAGAUUCACAUCAGUGUUUGGGUCCAGGACAGCGCCGGCGGGGCCACUCUGGAGCAUGUGCGGCACGUCACCCUGCACAUCGCGCCGGUGUAUGCGCUGCCGCGUUUGAACGUUGGCCGCGCCGUGUACACUGCCAUAGAGGACACAUCUCUUGCGGUGACCGACGUCGCGGUCGCCGACGCCACCCCAACUGCACGUCCAACGGUCGGCCUAGUCCGUCGGUUGUACAAGUCCCUCGUGCUGCAACCAGACACGGACUUGGGGUUGCUUGCCAAGGACGACAACGAGUGGCGACUCAAGUUGGUCGACUCGACCGCCGACAACCCGCGGUGGUUUUGCUGGUUCCAAAAUCGCCUGUACUUUGCCGCCACGUCGCUCCAGUACGGCCGGGAGCUGUUUGUAUCGGACGUAGGCAGCGUCACGGAGGUGGCCGCGGACGUGAAUCCAGGCUUUGCGUCGAGUUCGCCUCGGUAUUUGACCUCGUUUCAAGGAAAGCUGUACUUUCAAGCGUCGGGGCUUGACCUCUCGUUUACGCUUGUGGACCGCAUGCCGAGUGAAAGCGGGCCGUGCGUGGCAGGUCGCCGCACGAGCUCUGUCUCGCCCGACAUUGUGUUUGUUGUCGGUCAGUCGAAUGUGUGGCAGCCUGCCAAGACGUACGAUUGUCCGGCGGGGUAUGCUUGGAUGACCACGGCCCAGGCCAAGGCUGCGUUCACCGACACGGGCAGCGCCACCACCUCGCCAUCGUUUGUGUUUUGGAAUCAAUGCGGGUGGUCGCAGUACACGUACCAAGGCGUGUCCCGUAAGUGGUUUCGCUUUGCCGACUCGGCGGCGACGGGGGCGUUCAAGCAUGCCGGGCGAGUCGACGGGCAUCCCGUCGAGUACGGCAAGACAACGUCCGAAUUCGCCGGUAUCGUGUGUAUUCGAGUGGUCGACGGCGCCGACGCCCCUCGCGAGUCUGUCCUGUGGCAAUUCGAUGGGCUCGUCGCCACCAAAGUGGACUUGGUCGGUGGAAAUGGCAUGGCGCUGCCGCCGUACACGUCCCCUCAGUUUCUUACGGUGCUCACAAGUGCGCCGUGGCUCGUCUUCCAGGCCACCACGACUGCGUUCGGCAUCGAGUUGUACCGGACAAACGGCAUUUCGACAUUCGUGGACGACCUGAACUUGGGUCCUCGCAGCUCGCUGCCGUCCAACUUUACCGAGUUUCAAAACCGCUUGGUGUUUGCUGCCACGUCGGAGUCGGCAGGGCGGGAGCUAUGGGCGUCUGCGUCGACGAUUCAAGUUAGCAACGUCGGAUGGGCUUACAACGUCGUCGGCGACAUCGCCCCGGGCCCACCGAGCUCGAAUCCGCACGACCUCGUCGUUUGCAACAGCCUUCUCUUCUUCACGGCCGACAACGGCGUGUCCGGCCGAGAAGUGUGGAAGUGGGAUGGGGUUGCCGCGCCGACAAUGGUGCAAGAUCUGUGGCCAGGCGCCACGGGAAGCUCGCCGAUGUCGUUGACGUGCUACAACAACAAGGUGUACUUUGCCGCGAUAGCGUCGGCAGCGUUGGGAGUCGAGCUGUACGCGACGGCGGGCACGACCAUUUCACUGGUCCACGACAUUGCGGUCGGAGCUGGGAGCAGCUCGCCGUCCUUCUUAACGGUCCAAUCGGUGAUGCAAAGCAGUGCCGUGCGCACGCGGUUGGUAUUUUGCAUGACGGGCCCUCGAUCACCCUUCAAACCUACCCAAACCUGCACGUGGUACCAGUCGGACGGCACGUCGGCCGGAACGAUUCCACUAUGGGACGCGACGUCUUCGUCGUUCGAGAUGGACCCGGACUCGUUUCAAGUUGGCGCUGCGGCGCCAGGCACGAUGGUCUUUCCUGUCGUUGUGCCGGCAACGCCCGCACCACGGACUGUUGCUGGCGGGGUCAACUUGACUUUGGACAUUGCCGUGUCCAUGGGCGCUGUGUCCAUUGCACCGCUCACCGCCAGUCCGUCGUCGGUUCGAGUGGCUGUCCAGUCCCCACAACACCUGGCGCUGACGGGCUCGGUGCAAGCGCUGAACGUGGCGCUGCGUGGAUUGCGCUUCCUUGCCCCACUCAACUUUCACAGCGAUGCGUCCGCCGUGUUGUCGUCCCCGCCGUCCUCGGUGGACGACGCGUCAAGUCCUCUGAUAGCGCUUCGACUCUACUUGACGUCCCAAGGCCAGUCGACGUCGGCGUCGGCGGCCAUUUACGUCGAUGCGCGGGACGACUCGCCCGUGUGGCUCGUUCCAAACAGUGUGAUGGAUCCAGUUCUUCGGACACUGGACAACUUGUCCCCGCGCAUUGCGUCGAUCGCGCCGUUUUCAAUUGACCAGGACGCGUCGUGGACGUUUCCGCCGCUGCAGCUGCGGGCUGUGGACUGCAUGAAGCACCCUUCGGUCGAUGGAUCGUACGUCGACGAUGAUGACGCAGGACGCCAGUGCACUCUCGACGUCGAGUUGCGUGUGCGGCAUGGGGAAUUGAGCGGGUGUGGGCGCGAGGCACCAGCCCCAACAAUCCACUUGGUCGGCACCGUCCCCGUGCUCAACCAACUCCUCCGGCAUGUUACGUAUCGGCCAUCGCCUCAGUAUGUUGGGCCGGACGACCUCACAUUGACCGCGACAUUGGUGGCGUCGUCGACGGUCGUGUUGCCGAUUCUCGUCAACGCGGUCAACACCGUGCCGUUCCUUGCCGUGCGUUCGCGUUACUUUGAAGUCGAAGAAGACCGCGUGCUUGUCCUGGACGGCCUCACGGCGGUGGACUCGGACGUUGGAGAGGUCCUUCGCGUGCAGCUGGACGUAGCGUACGGCACGGUCGCGCUCAAGUUUACAAGUGGAGUGUCUGCUAUCCCUUCUUCCCAAGGCCGCCAUGUUGAAUUUUCCGGAGGGUUGCAGCAAGUCAACAUGGCGCUGGCCAACAUCACGUACGUGUCGGCGCAGCACUGGAACACGGACGUUGGCGACGACUACGACCACGUCACGAUAACCGUGACGGACUUGAAGGCGGCGUCAACGUCGACGACCAUCGACGUUCGUGUCUGGCCGACGCCAGACGACAUUUUCAUUUCGGUCCCGUCGGCGGCGGACGGCACCGCUGCUGGAACGCCCGUGAGCUCGAUCGUUGCAGGCACGAUUGUCGUCAACGAAGACGAAGUGCUGCAUGUGGCGAAUUUGGCCAUCUCGUGUGUCGACGCGAUGCCGUCCAGCGUGAUCGCCGCGGCAUUGUUUGUGACCCAUGGCACGUUGGCUGUGGACAUCGUCCCCGGUGUGCUGGCAGAGGCCGCCGCCAGCGCCCGUCAAGUGUCCUUGAUGGGCUCGUACGACCGAAUCAAUCAGGCGCUGGCAACGCUAACGUACCAAAGCCAUCGCAACUACGUUGGGUCGGACGUGUUGCACGUGUCGGUGCAUUCCGUGAUGGCAAGCGACGACGGCUGGGACGUGCCGAGUCUCCCUGGUCAGCGCCUUGUUCGACUGGAAAUCGUGGGCGUCAACGACCCGCCAACGUGGUCGUUUGCAGAUCAACGGUCUGGUUUGUCAUCGCCAGGGGCGUCGCCGAUCGCGCCGACGUUUAGGCUGGCCCUGUCCAAGUGGCAGAACGGCUUGCACCUCGAUGGCGUGUCGUUUCAUGACGUGGAUGCUGGGCCAAGCGAUCUGCUCGACGUCACGAUCGAUGUCAAGGUCGGGUCGGUCACGUUGAGCACCCUCGCGUCGCUUCCAAACGUCGUCGUCGUGGACGGAACCGGCAUUCGCGAUGCGUACGUGGUGUUGCGAGGGACUGAAACGAGCCUGAAUGCUGCGCUGCGCGGCCUUGUCUACUUUCUCGACUACGAUGCGUACCAUGCCACACCCUUCACCGACAGCGCGACCCAUCGUCCGCAAGUCGUCCUGACCGUGGAUGAUUUGGGCAAUGCUGGCGCCGUUGGUGGCCCGAAUGUCGUGUCGACCACACUGCACAUUCAAGUCGACUCGAUGGCGAAUCUGCCACCUGUGCUCGUCGCCGUGUCGCCGGUGCUGGUGGCCGAGGAAGACGUGCGGCAGAGCUUGAAGGGCGUGGUUCAAAUCUCCGACCCGGACAUGGACCGAACGUUUGGCGCGUUGAUGGAGUUGACGGUCGACGUUGCCCAUGGUCAUGUCGUCAUCACGUCGGACUUGGGCAUUCAAAAGAUGGUGGACGGCCACCGGGUCGUUGUCCGGGGAGCACUCGACCACGUGCAGUACGCUUUGGACUCGAGCUACUACAUCGGUGCCAUCGAUUGGUUUGGCCACGACGCGAUCACGCUGACCGCCAACGAUCUCGGGGCGACUGGCGGCGCUCACACUACGACCGUCGUCGUGCCAGUCCAUGUUGCCAGCGUCUGCGACGCGCCAUCGUGGCGUGUUCCAAUGCUAAACCCGACGGCCGCAGCCACUCAUUUCCUUCAAGUGGUCGAAGACCAUCCCUUGUACGUAUCCCUCGACGACGUCGUUCUAGCUGUGUACGACCCAGAAUUCGAUCGCAUGGGCCACACGAGGCGCAUCACACUGACGCUGCAAGCCACGUUUGGCGGGCUCAUGCUGCCGUCGACAAAAGGGCUGCGCGUACUCAGCCCGCCCGUCGUGCAUCCGUCGUUGCCGCCAUUCUUCUACUCGUCCGUGUCGGUGCAAGGCACGGUAGCGGCGCUGAAUUUGGCGCUGCAAGCACUUGUGUUCAAGUCCGCGCGCGACUGGACGUCCCAUGCUUUGAACGCUGGCGUGCAAUACGACGUGGUCAAGCUGCAGUUGCAAGGCGAGUUCUGCGACUCGGACACGACUCUGGACGACGUGAUGACGUUGUUUGUGGAUGUGCUGGCAGCCAACGACCCGCCGACCAUCACGUUCCUCGACAAGCUGUGGGAAACGUCAGAGGACACACCGUUGACCCUUGGGCACCUCCCCGUGAACGAUGUCGACUCGAAUGUGCUCCAGGUCACUGUGUCGUGCUCGAACGGGUGGGUGUCGCUCUCUGGCCCGGCAACGUUGUGGCGACAGGCCGGCAAUGCAUCGCUGGAUGCUACCGCGACGAUCCAAGGCACGGUGCUGGAUUUGCAAGCGACGACUGUUGUGUUUACGCCAGCUCCAACGUAUUCUGGGAGCGCAUUUGUCCAAGUCAACGUAUCCGACCUCGUGGCGCCGACGGUGUCGACGACGUUGGACAUUCGAGUGCUGCCGGUGCUCACGCCCAUGCAAGUCCUUGUUCCUUCGGCAGUCGUCCAGGUGAACCCGUCCACAUCCGUGAGAGUGCCGACCGUGGCGCUGCCGCCAGUUCUCCUUCCAGCAGCUCCCGUGUACGUGCCACCGACGCCGUCGUCGCUUUUCAAGAGCGAGCUGAUCCAGCCUGACACCAAGUUUGGGUUGUGGGGCGUCGGUGAGAACUGGCAAAGCACUCGCGUGCGCUCGUCCGGUUCAUCGCCGACGUUCUUCACCGCGUUUCAAGGCCGCAUUUUGUUCCAAGCCACGGAUGCCACGUACGGCUCGGAGCUGUGGCAGUCGGAUGGGCAGGUCACGAUGCGGCUGUCCGACUUGAUCCCUGGACAAGGCAGCGCAUCCCCCACACACCCCAUGGUGUUUUCCUCCGACUCGAAGGUGUACUUUGCCGCGGAUGGGCUCGAUCUGUCGUGGCGCCCCCCGGCGCAUUUGCAGGAUGCGUGCCAAGGAGUUCGUCUGAGUUCGUUUCACGGACGAGGUAGCGUGGCCUUUGUCGUUGGCCACUCGACAACGUGGCAGCCCAACGCAGUAUAUGAAUGCCCUCCCGGGUACUUGUGGGCCUCGACGGCCCAAGGCAUGGACUUGUUUCGAACGGCGCAGGGCACGGACGAGAUGUCGGCGGUCCGCGCGCCGCCGUUCACAUACUACAACCAGUGCGGGUGGCAAGGGUACACGUGGGGCAGCCAAGUGCGCGAGUGCUUUCGAUUCUCCGACUCCAAGGCCACGGGCGCGUGCAAGCACGCUGGCAAACGCGAGUCGUUCCGUGUUGAACUCGGCAACUUUUCGCCGCAAGCGUUUGCCGGGAUUGUGUGCGUGCAGCAGCCGGCGGUGGCGCGGACGGCGUACGGCCGGGAACUCUGGUCGUAUGACGGGACCACGUUCUCCCGUGUCGGCGACUUGAAUCCGGGACCGGCGGGGUCGAACCCAGCGUUUAUGACGGAAUUCCAAAACACGAUCGUGUUCCAGGCCACGGACCACGACCGCGGCGUCGAGUUGUGGGUAUACGACGCUGCGUCGGGCGCGGCAGCCCUGGCCGUGGACAUUGAGGCCGGGAAUCGCAGCAGUUUCCCCAAGUUCUUUACGGUCUUCCAGUCCACCACUGUGUUUUUCACGGCCGAGACGGCGGCGUUCGGCGCCGAGUUGUGGAUGUUUGACGGGACCGUUGCGGCACUGGUGGCGGACGUGUGCGUCGGUGUGUGUUCGUCGUCGCCGGCGUCGUUAGCGGCGCUUCCGUCGUGGCUUGUAUUCCAAGCGAGCGACGGAACGCACGGUGCGGAGCUGUGGCGGACCGACGGGAUCACGACAACGCUUGUCAUGGACAUUUUUCCUGGCCCCGACGGCAGUACCCCUACCGGCAUGACUGUGUACAACGGACGAGUGUACUUCAGCGCGACGGACGGGACGGCUGGCCGCGAGCUGUGGGUCACGGACGGAACGGUGACGUCGAUGCUGGUGGACCUGCAGCCCGGGUUCCAAGGAUCGGCCCCGUCGUACUUUACCGUGGUGUCGCCGGGCACUCGGAGCAGCGUCGCCGUGCCGCCGAUGCUCGUCUUCAUGGCCACGAAGGACGGCGUGGCGAGUCUGUGGAGCAUCGAGAGCAUCUCCGGCGCCGUGCCCACGCGACCGCCGACGCUUCUGGUCGCAAAUGUCCAUGUGGAUGUGGCUGCAAUGGGUCAGAUGCCACAGCCGGCGGGAUUCGGCAUUGCGGGAAACACGUUGUACUACCCCGCGACAGCAAACGACCAAGAUAGUCUGUGGGCGAGCAAGGUGCAGAGCGCAUGGAUGACAACGCCAAGCCCGUGGGUGUCGAAGCGGCAGUCGAUCUUCAUCCAGGACGUGGACAAACUCGGAACGGACAUUCAAGUCGAGCUCAACUGCUCGCAAGGUUUGCUGACCCUAGCCGACAUGACGCUGGUCAAUUUCGUUCGCAGCUCCCGCCGAGAUAGCCCCCGCAUCGUCGUUCAAGGCCCCGUCGUCGCUGUGAAUGCCGCCCUCCGCGAUGUUGUGUACACGGCCGCAACGAACGCGACGGGCAGCGACGUGAUUCGCAUCACCGUGUGGCGCGUUGGCGCUGGCGAAUCCUGGAUGCGCCCCGUGUCCAACACGAUUGCAGUGGCCUUUGUCGGCGACGACUAA